UUGAAGGAGUUUGAAGUGAUUGGGCGUAAGCUGCCCACAGAAAAGGAGAAAGUCACUCCCCUGUAUAAGAUGAGGAUCUUUGCUCCUGAUGCCAUUGUGGCAAAAUCAAGAUUUUGGUAUUUCCUGCGACAGUUAAAGAAGUUCAAGAAAACAACUGGUGAAAUCGUUUCCAUAAAACGGAUUCCAGAGAAAUCCCCUGUGAAGAUCAAGAACUUUGGCAUCUGGCUGCGUUAUGACUCGCGGUCUGGUACUCACAACAUGUACCGUGAGUACCGUGACCUCAGCGUGUCUGGGGCAGUGACUCAGUGCUACCGGGACAUGGGGGCUCGCCACCGGGCCAGAGCACACUCGAUCCAGAUCAUCAAGGUGGAGCAGGUGAAGGCAGCCAACUGUCGACGCCCUCUUGUCAAGCAGUUUCACAACUCCAAGAUCAGGUUCCCUCUGCCAAAACGUAUCCAGCAGAGGAACCUGUUGCCUCGGUUCUCUGUGAGGAAACCACGUACCUACUUCAUGUAAUACAUUUAUUAAAUAAAUAAAGGAAGUGUAAGUCUGAUA